AUAAAUUUAGAGAUGAAUUUAUGUUCUUGCAAACACAAAUAAUUGAUAAUUCAAAUACAAUGUCAUUAAAAUUUGAUUAAAAAAAUUGCAAUGGAAUAAUCUUUUCUUAUUCGAAGUGGCCAUAACCGUUUGGUCUUGGUGUAUCUUAAGAUUCUUAACCCAAAUUUACGUACUCGAAAAUGACAUAUCCGACCCGUUUUAUCCGUUGAAAACUCGUACGAACUUCAUCCCGGGUCAACUGAAAUGAGGCCAAUGCAACUCCAAAAACUUCCACUUCUCCGACCCUUUUCCACCACCACCGUCAAACCUCCACCGUUAAAGUCUCUCCCCGCCACCGCAACCGCCGUAGCCAACCUUGUUCUCACCACAGAAGACCCAAAAGCCCUCUCAAAAACCCUCCUAACAUCUCCAGAUUUCACCUUCUCCGAACCCCUUGUCAACCAAACCCUGAAACUCCUCUGGAACCAUGGCCCCAAAGCCCUUCAAUUCUUCACCAUCCUCGACAACCACCUACACUACGCCCACUCUCUCUCCUCCUUCCACCACGCCAUAGACAUUUCUGCUCGUUUGCGCGACAUCACAACUCUCUGGAUUCUCGUCACCCGCCUCCGCUCCCGUCGAUUGGGCCCCACACCAUUAACAUUCGCCAUUAUCAUUGAAAGGUAUGUUCUCUCUGGGAAACCUGAUAAAGCUGUUGAGAUUUUCUUGUCUAUGCAUAAACAUGGCUGCCAACAAGAUUUGAAUUCCUUUAAUACCCUCCUUGAUAUACUUUGCAAAUCCAAAAGGGUCGAAAAAGCCCAUAAUUUGUUCAAGCUUUUAAGGGGUAAAUUUGGGGCUGAUGUUGUUAGUUAUAAUGUAAUUGCAAAUGGGUGGUGUUUGAUUAAAAGGACUCCUAAAGCUUUGGAGGUGUUGAAGGAGAUGGUGGAGAGGGGUUUUAACCCUACAUUGAUUACCUAUAACAUUAUUUUAAAAGGGUAUUUUCGGACCGGGCAAACGAAAGAGGCAUGGCUGUUUUUCAAGGAGAUGAAGAAGAGGAGUUGUGAGAUGGAUGUGGUUACUUACACUACAUUGGUUCAUGGGUUUGGGGUUUUAGGGGAAGUUUCUAAAGCUAGGAGGUUGUUUGAUGAGAUGGUGGGGGAAGGGGUUCUUCCGAACACAGCGACUUACAAUGCCAUGAUCCAAGUUUUAUGUAAGAAGGAUAGUGUUGAGAAUGCAAUUGUUUUGUUUGAGGAAAUGGGGAGGAAAGGGUAUGUUCCAAAUUCAGUGACUUAUAAUUUGUUGAUUAGAGGGUUGUGUCAUGCUGGGGAGAUGGAUAGGGCAAUGAAGUUUGUCGAGUUGAUGAAGAAUGAUGGAUGCCAUCCAAAUGUUCAGACUUGUAAUUUGUUGAUUAAGUACUAUUGUGAAGUUGGGGAGAUUGAGAAGGGGUUAGAGGUGUUUGAUUUGAUGGGGUCUUGGAGGUGCUUGCCAAAUAAGGAUACUUACAAUAUCUUGAUAAGUUCUACAUUUGUGAGGAAGAAACCGGAGGAUUUGGUUGCUGCAGGUAGAUUAUUGAUUGAGAUGGUGGAUAGAGGAUUUCUUCCUACGAAGUUUACCUUCAACCGUGUUAUGAAUGGACUUUUGGUUACAGGCAACCAAGCUUUCGCCAGAGAAAUUCUGCAAUUGCAAAGUAAACGUGGACUCCUUCCUCGGCACUUUAGAUUAUGAAAGCACUGUGGACGAACUCAUAAACUGAAUGCAGAUUGGCAAAGUUCAUACUGUCAUGGAGGGUUCUUCAACCAAGGUUGAGGUUAAGAAUUUCAAUAGGUUGGUCCGGAUAAUGUUAAGUGUGGGGAGUCCAUUACUUGUGCAAAGAUUUUGGUAUCUGGAUGAUUACAGAACUCCAAAGCAAAACCUUUUGUUUCUCUGACCAUUGUUAUCAGGCAUAACAAUUUGGAGGGCUUUUCGAUACGCUAAGAGUUGCGGAAGGAAAUGAUUGAACUACUCCUCACUUAAUCCUAUCAUCUCUAUUUGAUCAAGCUAGCUGAGAAUUAAGGUUAUUUCAUUAAAGGAUACUCGUAUUAUGUUCUUGAGAGCAGAGCAACAGCUCCUGCUUCUGUUGAUGUUGAGUUCCACCGGUGGCAUGUUGGCUAUUUACUGUUUUGAGCUCUUUACGCUUUUUUUUGGAGGGACAGUGAAAAGUGGACACGAAUGAAUCACUUGGUACUCUUUUAACCAGAGAUUUCAGUAUUUCCCAUUAUGAUUACAUAUACUCCACUUGAUAAGCACAUUGUAACACUUGUAAGAGCUUGCAGAAGGCCAUACGCGUCACACAGAAGAUUAGAAGCUAUACCUGAUCUAUGUUUACUGCAUAGGUGGUAUCUCUCGUGGGUCUGGGAAGAACAGGGUCGCAAUCGUUGAUUCUGAAGUAAUGUAGAUGCUGAAGGGUGUACUGCUUGGAUCUCCAAGGUAUCAAACAAGAGGUUGUGGGGUUCAAAAUUCAGUCAGUCAUUGUCAGACUGAUACGAAGGACAUGGCGAUUCAUAGACUUGUAGGAAUAUGGGAGAUUAACAAAGUUGAAUUGCAUUGUACCUUACAGAAGACCGUAAGGCCACAGAGAUGAUCACCAGAUUUACUUAUCUGUGAUUUAGCAGAGCACAAGUAUGAUUCUGGGAAGAACAGGGUCACAGUUUUCGAAUUUGAAGUAAUUUAGAUGUUGAAGGGUGUACUGCUUGGAUUCCCAAGGUAUCGAACAAGAUGGUGGAGGUUCAAAGCUUAGUCUGCCUGAGCCAAACAGAUAAAAAGACCACGGUCCAUGGCAAUUCCUAGGAAAACUUGGGUCAGUAGUACUUGCGUUUUGAUCAAUGCUUAACAAACUAUGGAGUAUGGAUCUCCUCUUUGACAAUUCUUGCAUGGAAACCUUG